AUGAAGAAUAGACAGAAGAGCCGCAGUGGCUGCCGUAACUGCAAGCAAAGACGUCUACGAUGCGACGAGGGAAAACCAGGAUGCAAGAACUGUGCCCUUAAGCAAAUCGUAUGUCCUGGCUAUCAGCAGCGUCUGCAGUGGUCGACCAAGCACGAAGUUGCUCUUCCAGCACAGCCAACCCAGCCAGAAAACUUUGAACAGCUUGUCACUGCCGCAUCCGCGUCCAUUGUCCCAUCCAAAGAUAAUCAACCGUCAAGUGGUGCCCGUAAUGCCAGACCUACUGCCAAAGCACCUGUUCCUCAGACACCGCCUGCAUACCACCAUGCAGAGACACCACCGCCCUCACUAUCAUUCUUGACACCGUCUGUUUCCUCUUCACCUCUACCCUCGCCUGUCCCUGGGACUUCAGCCCAAGAACAAGAUGGCUUCUACGGUUCGAUGACUACAACACCCUUCCAAAACGACAAACGUGCCUUCGCUCCACCCGGCCAAGCCUUGACUCUAACCCAGCCCGUCGUGGACAUCCGCUCCUUUCUCAUCGAACACUGGUUCAAGUCCGUCUGUACCUCCUGGUCCGCCUACGACUCCGCCUCCAACCCCUACCGACACUUAACCUCUGUCCUGUGGAACACCUCCGCGCCUGUGUUCUAUAGCUUGCAAUCUAUCUCUGCUGCUUCCCUGGUAGAAAAGCUUCCUGCCGUGAUGCGCGAGACAGCCCGCAUGGCGCCACGCCUAGCAACCGAGGCCAUCAAAGCCGAGCUCGUCAGCUUCUUCAACGGGCGCUGCACCACCUUCCCGCGUGGCCUCCUCCUCUCUCUCUUCUGCAUGAGCUCAUCCAUGUGCUGGAUGGAAGCCCGUCAGCUGGGGCAACAGUACCUCCGCCAAGCGAGAGCCGUGCUGCAAGCACUGAACAGCUGGACUCUGAGUCCGGAGGACCAGGAACUGCUUGAUUUCUUCAACGGCUGUCUCAUUUAUGAAGAAAUGCUUCGCAGCGUGGUAAGUGAUGACGAGGCUGACUUGAAGAAUAUGCUCAGCUGGCCGGAUCCACCCACCUCUACCGUUCAAGGCACUCUGGUCCAUUCCACGCCUCAUCCCUGGACCGGUGUUUCGGCGGACGUUUUUCGAUUGUUCGGCAAAGCCAUUGCGCUCUGUAGGCGAUCACGCAGUCGAUGGCGACAUAACGAUGGGACGACAAUACGGGCCCUGCAAAGCGCCAUGAAAGAUAUCAAGGAAGCUACGCGUAUCGAGGAAGCGCUGUUGGCUAUUGACGUACCAACCGAGGACAACGACGACCCUAGCUUCAACCAUUGGAACACCAUGCACAAACAGCUAACCGCCGCCGCCAUGCCUAACGACAACACCCCAAAGAUGGCCAAGGACCUCCGCCUCGCCACCGAGACGUACCGCCUCUGCUCUCUCCUGCAACUCUACGAAUCCUUCCCCGACCUCGCCGCCAAGCGAAUACCCGACCUCGACGCAGCGGGGGCAGGGGCGGACGCCACCGACCCGGCAAUCAUCUGGACAAAAUGGGUAUCGCCCCUAGCUCUACACAUCACUGACAUUCUCGAUCGGAUACCUGCAAGCAGUCUGCGGUGUAUUCAACCUUUGCUCUGUCUCUGCGCGGGCAGCGGUUUGAGGUUCGAUAGCAAGACGGCAAUGGGGCAAGGGGAGUAUAGUUAUCUGUUGAGUUUGGAGUCUUCGUCACCAACAGACUUGGGGUUGGGAAUUUCGGGGUUGCCUGCGGGUAUUGGUGGUAUUGGAUCAGGAUCGGGGUCGCCAUCUUCGUCAUCGCCAUCAGGGGAAAAUGAGGAGGAUGUGCAGGCAGUCAGGAUAUUGCGGGCUCGGUCGUUUCUUAUUGACCGUCUUGGUCAGCUCGAGCUGUCGUUGCCGCCUAAGCCGAUAGGGGUGGCUAAGCAGUUG